UUUUGAUUGCUUCUGCACUGAGAAACGAGCUGAACAAGGCCUUUGUUACCUUAAGGAGCAUUGCGUAAGGAAGGUCUUGAAGAAUUUUCUGAUGGUGGUUGUUGGGCUGUGGAUAAUCUUGGUUCUGGGAAAACUGGUUCAACUUCUUGACCGUUGUAUACAUCUGUUUUGUAUUGUUGCAGUCUUGCAGACGGUACCGAUGCUGUAUGAGAAACAUGAGAAUAAGGUAGAUCCAGUGGCAGAGAAGACGUUGAAGGAGCUGAAGAAACAUUACAUGAUUUUCGAUGAUAAGGUUCUUUCUAAGAUCCCUCUUGCUUCCGUGAAAGCAAAGUUGGGUUAGAGAAUUCAUAAUGAAGUAACCUCUCUUUCUGUCUUUCCCCUUGACGUUUUGCUCUGUGUCUUGCGGCAUUUCUGUCUCGUCGCUGCGUUGCGUUUUAAAACAGAUCUCUCAAUAGCAGUUGUUACUAAAGGGCUAUGAAUCGUAGUCUAAUCUCAUUUGACUUGGAACA